AUCGUACUGACAUUUAUGAGAUUGUGUAGUAUAGUGAAUGUACAAGAUGUGUGUUAUGUGUAGUGUGUAAUAACAUGUAUCUAGUGAUUUGACUUCCUAGUUCCCAGGCAAGAAAGUACCUAUGAACUGUGAAUAUACACACUGUCGAAUAUCACUGAAUAUCAAACAUGUAUUUAAGUAUAAAGAAAGUUCCACGAUUUGUACAUUCUGAUAUUUUGAAAUAUCGAAACAUCAGAUGCUACUGUAAAAAAAUGGAAGAUGAUACAAAAAUUCCUAUAAAUCCAUUGAAAAAAUUCUACAGUGCAAACGAUCAACCUACUAAUGGUUUUAUAUAUGACAAUAAACCUUUCAAAUUUACUUGCAUUGCUGGAAAAAUAUAUCAAUGGUGCUUAUGUGGUAGAAGUCAUAGACAACCAUUUUGCGACGGUACUCACAGGAAUCAAUAUCUUAAAAUCAAGCACAGACCUAUACGUUUUACUGUUGAAGAAACCAAAGAUUAUUGGCUGUGCAAUUGCAAACAAACAUCAAAUCGACCAUUUUGCGAUGGUACACAUCUGAGAGAAGAUAUCCAAGAAAAAAAAUAGUAUAGAUGUAUAUAAUAAUAAAUCAGGUUUUAAUAAAGACUUCUUGUUUAAUACAAUUUUUGUUAUGAAAAAUAUAUUAUCUUAUUUUGUUAAAUUCUUGGUUAAUUCUUAAUUUUUUGAAGAUCCCAAUACAAUAAAAUAGUUAUACAUAUA